ACAGCAGCGCAGAGAGCUGUGUGUGCUGCACGUGAUCAUGGCGGCUAUAGCUCGGUUCCUGUCAUUGGGAUCCAGUUAAUAUUGGACACAUUAAACCCGCCGGGCAGGAUGGACGGGAAUGGAUUUCCGGACCAGGAGCAGCUGUUGCAGUUUUUAAAGAAACUCAAAGAGGUCUUCGACGUGUGUGACGAGGACGAUGAUGGCUACAUUCGUGUGGAGCAUUUCAUUGAUCUCGGAUUGCAGUUCGGCCAAGGAGACGAGGUGCAGAAGCUGACCAAGUAUCUGGACCCCAAUGAGCUGGGUCGGAUAAACUUUAAGGAUUUCUGCCAUGGGGUGUUUGCUAUCAAAGGUUGUGAAGAAAUAUUGAAAAAUGCAUUGGGUGCCAGGAGUGCUCCGUGCCGUCCGUAUGAGGCAGAGUAUGAAGAGUAUAACUACCAGCAAGGGGAGGAGGUGCUGGGACGCCCCUACGUGGUGUGUGAUCGAGCGUACGGAGAGUGCGAGAUCUUCCCCCCUGAUGAGGACGGCAUGACACUGCUCCAGCGAGACGGCCACCGCGAGUCGGACAUGGACAGCGCCAUCGGGAGCACACACAGCUCCGAGGCUUCCGACCUGUGCAGGGGAGAGGACAAGGAGGAGGGGCUGGGGGGGCUCUUCCUUCCCACAGACAAGUCUAUCCCACACAACCCCUCGGCUGCGUCGGACCUGUCCACGCGCUCCACCGCCUCGCUCAUCAGCAACGAGGAGCAGUUCGAGGACUACGGGGAGGGGGAGGAUGUGGACUACACUCCCAGCAGCCCCUGCCCUGACGACGAAACCAGAACCAAUGGCUUCUCUGACCUUGGCUCCUCCGUCUCCUCCAGCGCUGGUCAAACCCCCAGGAAGAUGAGGCAUGCCUACAACAAUGACAUGCUGGAUGUGUACUGCUCCCAGUGCUGCAAGAAAAUCAACCUUCUCAACGACCUGGAGGCCAGGCUGAAGAACUUGAAAGCCAACAGUCCCAACAGGAAAAUAACAAGCACCGCCUUUGGACGGCAACUGUUUCACAACAGCAACUUCAGCAGCAGCAAUGGCAGCACAGAGGAUCUGUUCAGAGACAGCAUUGAUUCCUGUGAGAACGACAUCACCGAGAAGGUGAGCUCUCUGGAGAAGAAGGUGACGGAGCUGGAGAAUGAGAGCUCGCUGAAUGGGGACCUGAAGGGCAAGCUGAAGCAGGAGAACACACAACUGGUGCACAGGGUUCAUGAGCUGGAGGAGCAGAUAAAGGAUCAAGAGGCACGAGCAGAGCAGGUGCUGGAGGAGGAGAUCAAGAGGCACAGAGAGGCCUACGUGAAGAUGGAGAGGGAGAAGAGCACAGAGAUAGAGCUGCUCAACAACAGGGUACAACAACUGGAAGAUGAAAACGGGGAAAUGGGCAGCAGUGUAAACAGAUUAAAAUCACAAACAGAGAAACUGGAUGAGGAAAGGCAGCGGAUGACAUACAAGCUGGAGGACACCAGCCUGCGGCUGAAGGACGAGAUGGAUUUGUACAAGAAGAUGAUGGACAAGCUGAGACAGAACCGACAUGAGUUCCAGAAGGAGAGAGAGGCCACGCAGGAGCUCAUUGAGGACCUGCGGAAGGAGCUGGAGCACCUGCAGCUGUUCAAGCUGGAGACGGAGCGACCCAGCCGGGGCAGGAGCUCCUCCUCCAGCCUGUCCGAAUUCAAUGCCAAGACCCGCGAGAUGGAGCUGGAGCACGAGAUCAAGCGCCUCAAACAGGAGAACCAGAAACUCCGAGAGCAGAACGAUGAUCUGAAUGGACAGAUCCUGAGCCUCAGUCUCUACGAAGCCAAGAACCUCUUUGCAACCCACACAAAAGCCCAGUCUCUGGCCGCUGAGAUCGACAAUGCGUCGAGAGACGAGCUCAUGGAAGCCCUGAAGGAACAGGAGGAGAUAAACUUCCGUCUGAGGCAAUACAUGGACAAGAUCAUUCUCGCCAUCCUGGAUCACAAUCCAUCCAUACUGGAAAUCAAGGACUAGGAAUGUGUCUAUAAGGGACUGAGAGAGAGAGAGAGAGAGAGAGAGAGAGAGAGAGAGCUACACAAAGCAACAACGAACAAACAGCCUCCAAACAACACCACCUGCAGCUGCUCCACCCGCUGUUACUGCUUAGAAAGUAAUUUUGUGUUUACAAGGAUUUUUUGGUACCUGCUGUAGUAAUCUGUGAAUCACGAAGAUGUGUAUAGGCUUUCGUGCACUUUUUUUCCCGUUUUUUGUGAAGAAGAAAAAAAGUCAAGGCUGUUGUCUUUAAAGAAGCUUUUAGAGAUAGUCGUUAUAACUGGAAAAUACUAUUACAAUAACUGGAUUAAAAAAAUGACUACCUCUGGGCAUGAAGGUACAGUGUUAGAUGAAGCCAGCGCUAAGCCAGUAACUCAGCAUUAUGUCAGUGUUUUAGUGCUUCCCCAGUAACAGUCCGUGGUGCUUCGUACAGCCAGGUUCUAGAUGUAGCUGCUAGAUCUUGAACUGUUUUACUGGGAGUGCUGCAAGCAGGUAUCUUGCUCUGGAUGUUAAGAAGGGGGGCUGCUGUUAAAGCUGUGCGGUCGACACACAGUUGCAUCAGAGACUAAUUGAAGGGUUUUGGGAAACAGCAUGGCUAAGGACUGGGACUCUAGGAGUAGAGCUAGCGACUGUUACAGUGUAUACCGUGCAGCACUUUCAAUCUUGUGUGAAUGUUGAACCCCACAGUAAAAUAGAUUCCUUUCCCAGGCUUGGCUACCCUCACAGCUCACAAGAACUCACAGUUAAGAUAGUUUUCUAGAUAGCAGUGAGCAAUCAGAGAGGGCUGGGGAGCUUUGUGACUCGGUGAAGUGAGUGGUGCUGAGGUGUCGCCCUUCACGGCGGAGACCGGAGACGCUCAGAGAGGUCGGACUGGUUCUUCGUUGUGAUCCAGUGGCCAGGGAUAUACCACACUGUAGCAGUGCUGCACUGCACUGCACACGCUCAACACUGCAUUCACAUAUUAGAUAUAACAGGGCUGCGAAUCGAUUUGAAUAUUUAGCACCAGCUAAAUGAUCAAGCACCCCCCCCAGCUCUUCAUUGAGUUUUUAGUGGUUUGUGUUACAGUAAUAUGCAGGGUGGUUCGUAAGCAAUGGGCCACUGUCAGAAUGACAGGACAAUAUCUGUAAUAAGAAGUGGAGGUGGUUCAGUUUUGCUAGCUUGGUUUGAAUCACACUCACAGUGCCCGAGCAUGGCAUGGGACUUACAGGGAGCUGUGUGUUGGCUUUGGGGUCUAAAACCAGAAGGCCUGGAGUUAGGAGAGGUCAAGGGGAGGCCAGAGCUCUGCGGUCACGUUGUUCAAGCGUGUUUCUGCAGCAGCUGUGGAAGCAUGGCCGGGAGACUCACUAUAAGCAGCUGGGGACCUAAAAAUAGACAGCGUAGACAUGCUGCUGGAUAUAUGGAAUAUCUACAAGCACAGGAAUGUUCUAUUGAUUUAGCAGUCAAUAUGAAUGUAAUAAUAAUGAAAAUAUCUCAAAGAAUAUAUAUACAUACAUGCAUACAUACAUACUGUACGCUCUCUGUUAAAACUAGAACCCAAUGAUGGUUACAGGAAAAUAGUGAUCAUUUAUUUUGAAAGAAAGAAGUUAUAGGAAACAUUAUUUUAAAAAAUAUAUAUAUACACAUCUUUAUUUUUUCAUACAGAUCUUAUUCAUCUAUUCUAUGGUAAAUCUUGAUUUGAAACAUUUUGCCCCAGUAAGCACAAGGGUGCUGAAAUGCUGGUGUAGAAUAUUAUCAUGACAACAUGUUUCUGUGGCCUGGGGAUCAGAAUCCUCUAUCAUAUCAAGAACCCCCUCCAGUAAUAACCAUUAUUUCAUGGUACACAUCUGCAAUGUGUUGCCUACAUGCACUGGACAGUCAAUUAACAACAUUAACAAAAGGACUCAAGAGGGCGCUGGGAAUGAAGGAACCACAAUGGAAAAGCACGCUCUACUUUAGGAACUUUGAAUAAUUGUGCAAGUCAACAGAAUUUAGGCUUCUUUUCUGCAAACUAAAACGUAGACCUUGCCUCUAUACUCAGAGUAAGCAAAUAAUAUAUACAGUACACAAAGACAUGCUCAUCAAUCACUGUAGGACAAGCUGCAGCACACAGGCCUUCGAGGACAGGAGCAGAGCGAGGAAUCGCCAUAAAGAAAAAAGUAAGAAGCAGGUAUGUUUUGGUCCUCAGCUGGUGUGAACUUUGCACAAUAAACACAUAUGUAAAUGUAAAUGCCAUGAAUGUAUCAAUUCAUACUUAAUUGUGAUUGUUUCAUUUCUUAUAGACAGUUACAAAAAUUUACUGAGAUGCUACAGAAGCAGUCAAUGUUGCAAAUGCAGUAUUUAAAAGAGUCGUAUGUAGAGAAAAUGUAAAUGCUGUAAACUAUAUUGUGACCAUUUAGAUUUGCUUUGUUGCACAAUCCGUCAUUCUGUUUUUGCAUGUUGUUAUUUUCUGGUAUUUGUGCCUUUACUCAAGAAGUGUCACGACUGUACCUUCUAUUAUUAUUAUUAUUAUUAUUAUUAUUAUUAUUAUUAUUAUUAUUGUUUUUUUUUUUGGCCGGCUUCUGUGGAAGGCUUUGAUACUUGUAUGUUCUAAUCUAUGUCUGAACAUUUUCUCGUAAAUUGUAAAUUGUAUAUAGAUAUAUAUAUAUAAAAAAUAGCUCCUAUUUGUAUUUGUGUGCCACACAUCGAUGUGUAAAACUCUUUUUUUUGGGGGGAAAUGGAAUGAUGUCAUACAUAGAGUGGGGUGCGCCGUGAAAAAUCUGCAGCACUCAUUUUUAUUUUGAGCAAGAAACAACUUAUUGUCUGAGAGUUGAAAAAAAAAAAAAAAAAGUUUUGUAAAAAAAAAAACACAAAAAAAAAUCUAAGAAUUAUGUGGUUCACAAAAAAAGUAUUUAACCUUCUGUCUAAUGCGCUGGGUCGUUUACUAUGGGAACAGAGUGGGACCUUUGCUGCUGUCUGUUUUGUGGUUUAAGAAUAUUUAUUUUGCACUGGUCACCGAUUCUCCCGACCUCUGAUUGUUUUGGGGGCUGAUAAAGGGACGUUUCUAUUGCUUUUAACAACCCAUUCUAAUUUGUAUGAGGCAAUACUGCUUUUCUCAACUCCCAUACAAAGGCACUGACAGCACAAUCACUAACCCAGAAACACCAGGGCGACCGAGAGGCAGGUCCCUCCAUCUAGCAGGCUGGUAAUCCGAGGUGUGCUUGUUAGAUCGUACCUGUUUUAAAUACAGUGAAGUCUUACACACUGUUAAAUAGAUCAGCUGUGCUAGGCCUUACACUUUCCUUAGUCAAUUACUGUCUAAUUUGAAUGCUAGAUCAUGAAAACAUUAGAUCUUGACCCAGAUAUGUUUUUUUUUUUUUUAUAUAUAUAUAUAUAUGGGAAAUGCAAACAAGAAGCCUAGAAAAACAGUAAAUCAAUAAGAGGCUAAUUAUUAACCACAUGAUAAAACCAUCUUGGGGUUUAGAUUGGGGAAUCUGACCUUUUAUUGGACAGCCUUAUUCUGGCAUGUGGUCUGGAAAAUAAACGUGGCUUAGAUUCUAAUCUUUUAUAUCUCAUUUUGUUAAAUAUAAACCAGUAAUGUGGGCUUGCCGUCUAUCAUAUCUUAACAACUUUUUACCGCCAUGAUAUUCUUGUGUUCACAUUUCCAGACUAAGACAGCUCCCCCGUCCUCAGUGUUGAGCCGAUAGUAAAAUAGCUGUGGAAUACACAAGUGAAGUAGGGAAGGAUAAGGUUAAACUAUACUCUGGAGCUCCUUUUCUAUGAGAAAAUGCAGACCUUGGAUGGCAACAAAUGAAUAAAAGACAGGAUCCAUCUGCAUAUAUUACAAAGGUACACGCUAGGCAAGCUUAUCCAAGAUACAAUACCCAGUCUGCUUUUCUCAUUAAACGCACAUUAUGUCAGACACCCUCACGCACACAUUUAACGUCUGAAGGUUUCUAGACAGGUUGCCUAGUUUUGGAUCACAUGGCUGAGAAUUAAUAUUUCUUCUGAUGUGAUUUUUUAAAAGAAUGCAUUUCUGUUUUUAUUUUGUCUUUCUCCCGCUGAUGAAUACAGAAAGCAAAAAGACACACACAAAGCUUUAGCAAAAGCGUGCAGCUCAGGCAAACUGAUGUGAACUCUAGAUGAGCGAAUGUAAAAGCAAAAUUGCCUCUACAAAUGUUUCCAUCACUCUUGCUUGUAACCUUAUCCCCGGCGCCAUGCAGAAGCAUUGAUUUACUGUUGUGCUGUACCACCCAGUCACAUGUAAAGCAUUCUUUCUUCGUCUGUGAGGUUUUGUAUGAACACAGGCCCUGGACGCUAAUUUGACUCCUUACAUCUAGUGAUGCUGUAUUACCAUACGCUGUAAAUAUAGUGAUUUGCUUUUCAGCAUGAUUAAAGGAAAAUAUAUUGCA